AUGAAGACGCCCAGCCGGAAUCCGAAGCUGGCACGGGAAUGGGAGUCUUGCCGUGCUACCAACUUCACCAACGAGGGUCAAGAGUCACAGGUUCAAAACGUCGAAUUGAGCAGCACACAAACAGACUCCUCUACAUCCUCAUUCAAACAUGGCAACAAGGAUGGAGCACUCUCUCCUUCCAACCCUGACUUCUGGUCCAGCUUCGACGCCUUUUCCUCGUUCGACCUCUCGUUCGACACGACGUGUGCAUCGCCACUGGCGAAUAUUCCGCCUGGCCAAAGGACCUCCAGUGCGUCAGAGGAAAGAAUAGAUGGGGGUUCGCUCCCCAUGUCCCUCACUCCAUCUCUCGAGGACCAAGCUAUGUCCUUUUUCUUCCACAACUAUGUGCUCAAAGAGCUGGCCACCCCAUACAAUCACCUGGUGUCCCUGCCCACAGUCUCGGGCCCGAGCAGUGAGAUCAAGGUUCUAUCAGGCAUGGUCAUUUCAAUCGGCGCUGCCGGAAUCUCCAAUCUGCGAAAUGACCCUGGCCUGAUGCAUGCUGCGGAAAACAUCUAUUCCUCAACCAUACAACGAUUACACACUCUCCUCCACGACCAAAAUCGAAUCCAAAAGGAUCAAACCAUGCUCUUAGUGCUGCUUCUAGCACUAUAUGAAACGGUCACUUGUUCUACUCCCCAAUCAAUAAGAACCUGGAGUCGCCACGUCAGGGGUGCCACCGCACUACUGUCAAUUCGAGGACCAGACACGUUGCACCCCAUAGCCGUUCAGGACGUACACAUGCAUCUACGUCUGCAAAUCAUUAUCGAUUGUCUCCAGAGAAGAAUGUCGAUUCCUCACAUCGUGGCAGACUGGGCGCAACCUGCCAGGGCUAUUGCAGACGAGUAUCAACCAGCGCAACACCAACUGGACGAGAUCUCCGGCCGGCUCUGCCAGCUCCGCUGCUCGAUUAAAGACGGUCUCCUUGGCGGCAACGAAGCCAUCCGUCAAGCAGUCUCCAUCGACUCAGAGCUCGAAACCUGGUCGGUGUACACUCCCAUAACAUGCGCUUUCAAUGAGGUGUUCGAUUUCGAACACCCUGACGACGUCUUCUUUGGUUGCUAUCAUGUCUACUCCGAAACCCGUGUCGCCCUGUUAUGGAACAACUACCGAACACUCCGAAUGCUCACCAACGAAAUCAUCUUGGAUACCUGCUACUCGAGUGAAAUUGGCAGCGCCUGGUACCAGCAGCGCCAGCGCCUCGUUUCCGAACAGCUCCUCAAGAAACUCACGGCUGAUAUUUGCGCCAGUGUCCCGCCUCUGCUGGGGUAUCCUCAUGGGUCGUCACCCGCGCGGGUCAUGAUCGGGACGCUGCUUCUCUGGCCGUUGUAUACGUGUGCCGCACAAAACUAUGCCUCACCGAAGACGAGAGAGUGGGCCAUUAUUCAGUUCGAAAGGAUCGGGGGGGCAAUGGGUAUUCGCCUGGCAACCUUGCUGGGCAGGGCACUGAGGGCCAGAGGCAACGAUACAGCCUGGAGUGUGAUUGAUGCAGAGAAAAGACGAAAGACCGUCAUUCAAGAAAUCGAAGAGAACUGGUGA